UCCUAGAUAUGAAAACAGAUUUGAACUUACUGCUUGAAUGCCUUAAAUAUCAGAUGGACUGCCCUCUGUCUCAGAAGGAGGCUUUGAUCACUAUCUAUUCCAUUUGCCAGCAAAACAGUGAAGCGAGCGAAUACUUGCGAGAAAUUGGUGGUUUGAUGUUUAUAAAUGACCUUGCCAAGUCCAGCGCUCAUUGCAUCGUAAAGGAAGCAGCUUUAUUUACACUGGGGAUUAUUAUAGAGAGUAAUGUGUAUUGUCAACAGACUUUGUGUACUUCUGCACUGUUUGAAGACCUCAUUUUAUUUUUAAUUAAAAAGGAUUCUGGUGUGAACUUGAAAAGAAUGUCUGUUUAUGUCAUCUUAGCUCUGGUGUCAAAUAAUAAAAAUGGGCAAAGCUGUGUCAGAGACACAGGCUGCAUCAGCCUGCUGCUGCAGUUGUUCAGAACAACUCUCUGCACGUCUGAGAAGAAUGUGUCAGAUGAAAACUCUGAUCCCUGCUAUCAGCUCUGGUGCUCGGUGUGCAGCACUCUCUGUGCCUGUGUCAACAACCCCCAGAACGAAGAUAAUCAAAACAUUUGCUGUUCAGUUUUUCCCCAUGCCAAAGAGUGGCUGGAGAGUUGCACAGAGCCUGAGAUAGUUCGUCCCAUUUGCUCAUUUCUUGGUCUCACAGUUGCAAAUAACUCAUAUGUGCAGAAGUAUUUUGCUUCUAUUGGAGGAUUGGAUACAUUAGCCAAAGUUCUCCUUGCGCUUAUGCAUGAUUCUUGUUUGAGUCACUCCAGCAUGAAACUUGCCGUGGUAGUAGCAAAGACCCUGGAUGCCUGUAUUGCUAAUAACUCUGCCAUGGGUGUUGUCUUGGCAAAGUAUCACACUGUGUCAGAGCUGCUGAAGCUGCUGUCCAAUGAGACACUGAGCACAGGAGAAAAAAUCAGUAUUAUUCUAACAAUUGGACACUGCACUGAAGUUUGUGAAGAGAACCAGUGUGAGCUGCUUCAGAACAAUGGUCUGCCACUUAUGAUUCAGGUUUUGACAGAAUCUCAGGACGAGGAACUCAUCAAAGCUGCUACUUUUGUGCUGCAGAACUGCAAAGAAAUGACUGAACAGUUGUCUCUGAAAUUAUAUGAUAACUCACUAAAUGUGAACAAUGCAGAAGAAUUGGAUGUGCAAGUCAGAAAUAGAUGUCUGCAAGACUACUGGAAGAAAGCAAAAGAAAUUUUACACAGAAUAAACUCAAUUGAAAAACAGCACAAUGAGGAAAGAGUGCAAGGAGAAAUAUUUAUAGAUGAAUCUUCAGUAGCCAAUUCUUCAGAAGCAUUAAAAUCCCAUGAAGUGAAACCUGUUGAUCCAAAGAAGUACACAGAAGGAACUCAGAAAGUCGUCUGUUGUCCACAGUUGACCUCAAAGUUGAAUAAUCAGGUUCUUGCUCCAUCUCUAACUUCUGCUCCACAAAAAAAUGAAACAGUGAACACUAUGGAUGCAGCUUCUACCAGGCAAACUGAACAGAGGAACAUUCCAUGUUCAGUCACUGAGCUGCAAACAGACAGUGUGCCUCAAAGUCACAAUUUAAAUGGGAAAACUGCUUGUGGAAAAAGUCGGUCUGGUCUUCAGGCAGGUGAACAGUUAUUUAAACAACCAGCAGAGACUGUUAAAAAUAUGAAACAGACAUGCACAUCAGGUCAACAUUCAUUCUGCUCAGAGAAAACUGAGAGAGUCAAAAGUACUUCAGCUGUAUCUUCAUCCCAUAAAAUUGCAGAUUUAAGGUGUUUGGGUUGUACAGCAGGAGGACUGUCCUUGAACAGCAAAACCUUCACCAGGAUGUUGCAGAGAUGCCUGCAUAGGUGUGAGAACCACAGAGUUAUCCUGGAGGCUGAAGAAAGAUACCGAGGGCAGCUCCGCAGGGUGGCUGCUGGUAACAGCAACAGAUCUGCAACUCACCAGAAAAUGCCGCUGGCCUCAGUAGAGAAAGACAGGCUGCAUAAAGAAAUACCAACUUUUAGGAGCAAGAAGGAUCAUUUCCAAAGCAUUCUUUUGACUCCAAAUAGAAAAGACAAAUCUAAUACUUCAAAGAGAGAUGAACAUAGUAGGAAUACUACUAGGUGGACUAGCAACUAUAACUUGACACCUGCUUAUGAAAACUGUGAGUAUUAUCAGAAAGUGAAUUCUCUGAUACGCACAUCUGAAAGAUCAGUAUUUGGGUUUAGGUCAGGGCAUUGAGAGAAGUACCUGUCCUUGCUAUUGGAGAUAAAUGGUUAUAAAUUUAAAUAAACUGUUACACUUUCUCUCACAGAA